AUGGGCUGCGGCGGAUCGAAACCAGCAUACGGCGGCGGCAGCAACUAUCGUAGCAGGCCGAUGAGGCAAGGAUAUGGGCACUCUGGUUCUGCCAGUGCAGGCAUCUUCGCGUCAAGCGGCGGCUUCUCCUCAGGAGGGCAUCAUCAUCAUCAUCGCGGCGGGCACCAUGGUGGAUUCUUCGGCGGAGGCGACGGCGGUGGAGGAGCGUCGUCGGGCUGUGGAGGUGGCGGCGGAGCGUCAGGAUGUGGUGGUGGUGGUGGAGGAGGUGGAGGCGGUGGCUGCUAG